AAUUUUCACUAAUGGGACUAAUCCAACGCCUACCGCAGGAUGUUGUUAAUCGAAUGGCGGCCGGUGAGGUACUAGCCCGGCCGUGUAAUGCCAUUAAAGAGCUCGUUGAGAACUCACUGGACGCCGGCGCCACCGAAAUUAUGGUUAAUAUGCAGAACGGCGGAUUGAAGCUUCUACAGGUUUCCGAUAAUGGAAAAGGCAUCGAACGGGAAGAUUUCGCAUUGGUUUGUGAACGAUUUGCCACGUCAAAACUUCAGAAAUUUGAAGAUUUAAUGCAUAUGAAGACAUAUGGAUUCAGAGGAGAAGCUCUUGCAUCGCUCAGCCACGUGGCAAAAGUCAAUAUCGUUUCGAAACGAGCAGAUGCAAAAUGCGCGUAUCAGGCCAAUUUUUUAGACGGAAAAAUGACCGCAGACACGAAACCAGCUGCCGGUAAGAACGGAACCUGCAUUACCGCCACCGAUCUAUUCUACAAUCUUCCGACGCGUCGAAACAAAAUGACAACUCAUGGGGAAGAGGCGAAAAUGGUCAACGACACGUUGCUCCGAUUCGCAAUUCAUCGCCCUGACGUCUCCUUUGCCCUGCGUCAAAACCAAGCUGGCGAUUUUCGAACGAAAGGAGAUGGAAAUUUUCGAGAUGUAGUGUGCAAUCUACUUGGCAGAGAUGUUGCUGAUACUAUCCUUCCAUUAUCUCUAAACUCCACUCGUCUCAAAUUCACCUUUACCGGUCACAUCUCCAAGCCAAUCGCCUCGGCAACGGCGGCAAUCGCACAAAACCGGAAAACGAGCCGUUCCUUCUUCAGUGUGUUCAUCAACGGACGAAGUGUUCGCUGCGACAUUCUCAAACACCCGAUCGACGAAGUUCUCGGAGCUCGACAACUGCACGCGCAAUUCUGUGCUCUUCACCUGCAAAUCGACGAGACGCGAAUCGAUGUGAACGUGCAUCCGACAAAAAAUUCGGUGAUUUUCUUGGAAAAGGAGGAGAUCAUCGAGGAAAUUCGCGCGUAUUUCGAGAAAGUUAUUGGCGAGAUUUUCGGAUUCGAGGCCCUAGAUGUUGAGAAGCCUGAGGAGGAACAGCCGGACAUCGAAAAUCUGGUGAUGAUCCCAAUGAGCCAAUCACUGAAAUCUAUUGAAGCGAUCAGGAAACCCGACACAAAGCCAGAAUUCAAAUCGAGUCCGUCUGCGUGGAAAUCCGAUAAAAAACGCGUCGACUACAUGGAAGUCCGAACAGAUGCCAAAGAACGGAAAAUUGACGAAUUCGUAACUCGCGGCGGCGCGGUUGGUCCCACCACGAGCAACGACGAUAUCUUCGGAGGUAGUGGAAUUUUGAAGCGAGCGAGAACAGAAGAUUCUACUGGUGGGGAGAAGGAGCCGGAGGACCUGAAUACCGAUUUUGAUGACGUGUCAAUGGUAUCGCUGGUUAGCACAGCCGACGGUCGUCGGCUCAAUGAGUCACAGGAUUUGGGAGAAGACGAUGAUGUGGAUUUUGAGUACGGGAAAACCCACCGCGAAUUUCACUUUGAAUCAAUCGAAGUUCUUCGCAAGGAAAUCAUUGCCAACUCAUCACAAUCGCUCCGUGAAAUGUUCAAAACGAGCACAUUUGUCGGCUCAAUCAACGUGAAACAAGUGCUCAUCCAAUUCGGCACCUCCCUCUACCAUCUCGACUUUUCCACCGUGCUCCGAGAGUUUUUCUACCAGAUUUCCGUUUUCUCGUUCGGCAAUUACGGAUCCUAUCGACUCGACGAGGAGCCGCCGGCAAUCAUCGAAAUUCUUGAACUUCUUGGAGAGCUGAGCACUCGUGAGCCAAAUUACGCGGCUUUCGAAGUUUUUGCAAACGUGGAAAAUCGAUUUGCGGCGGAGAAGUUGCUCGCCGAGCACGCUGACCUGCUUCACGACUAUUUUGCCAUAAAGUUAGAUCAGCUGGAGAAUGGGAGGCUUCAUAUCACUGAGAUUCCAUCACUGGUGCAUUAUUUUGUGCCACAGCUUGAAAAGCUACCAUUUCUAAUUGCGACACUCGUUUUGAACGUGGAUUAUGAUGAUGAACAAAACACAUUCCGCACAAUUUGCCGUGCCAUCGGCGAUCUCUUCACACUCGACACCAACUUCAUCACACUCGAUAAGAAAAUAUCGGCGUUUUCGGCAACUCCCUGGAAAACACUGAUUAAGGAGGUCCUCAUGCCUCUUGUCAAACGGAAAUUCAUUCCGCCUGAGCAUUUCAAGCAAGCUGGAGUCAUUCGACAAUUGGCUGAUUCUCAUGAUUUGUACAAAGUCUUCGAGCGAUGUGGAACAUAAUUUAUACUACUUUGUUGAAAAUUGAAUAAAAUUCGGUCAUUCUGAC